AUGCGCCAACUCGCAAACUCACCAUCGCUAUCUCGCUGUCGCGCCGCCCUAAGACCGCCCCGCACACUUUUCCUCCCGCGCCGCCAUGGCGAUACCUCUGCGCGUUUCGCGGCCCCCCCUUCCCUGCCACCGCUCGUCGCCCGAGCACUCCUCACCUCUCCAACCGCGCUCUCCGCGGCGCCUCCUCUGCGCCUAACCGCUGCGCUCACCACAGCGCCUGCUGCCCUCCGCACAGCGCUCCCCCCAGCCACAUCACCGGCCGCCCCGCCUCGCGCCGUCCGCCGACCCACGGCGUGCCGCUCUGCGGCGGAAGCGGCUGGGCUGGCGUCGUUUCCAUGGGAGAACGCGGUGCCGGGGGGAGGGGCGCGGGGCGGAGAGGAGGGUGGGGGGCGGGGGAACGCGGAGGCAGUGACGGGGGAUGUGGAGGCUGACGUGGUCAUUGUGGGUGCUGGCGUGGUGGGGCUCUGCCUCGCUGACGCACUGCUGAUGUCAUCACCCGACACCAGAGUUGCGGUGAUUGAUAGUGCUUGGCCCUGUGCCGGGGCCACAGGCGCAGGGCUACAUCUGGAUGGCGCAUCGCUCCCCGGGCGACGUGACAUGGCAGCUAGCGGAGCACAGCAAGCGGCGGUGGGAGGAGAUGGCGGGCGGGCUGGAGGCGGACCACCGGCGCCUCACAGGCUGCACGCAGGGGCUAGGGCGCAUCAACACAGGCAAGGGCUCAGCGGCUGGGGCGCAUCAAUACAGGCAUGGGCCGUGGACGUGCGGUGGCUGAGUGCUUGCUCACUGCACUGCACCCUCCCACGCUUGCUCCUCCUCUCACCCUUUCGCCUUUUCAUGGCUGGCUGGCGAGUUAGAGAACAAUCCAUGGGUUGGUUGGGCAUGCAGGACCGUUGUGAGGUAGGCAGCAUGUUGGUGCCAUCACAGCCGUCCCACACAGCCCCACUGGAGCAGCACCACCGGGCGCUGCAGCACGCGGGGCUGUCCGCGCACCUGCUGUCCCCCGCCGCCCUGAGGGACGUGGAGCCGGCGCUGCAGGUGCCGGCUGGGUGCUCGUCCGCGCUGCUGCUGCCCUCCGACUGGCAGCUCGAUGCCCGCCUCGCCAUGCACGCCCUGCUCGCUCGCUGUCGCCAGCAUGCCGCAUCGGGGCGCUACGUGGAGCUGUUUGAGGAGAGCGUCGCCUCCUUCCUCCGGGCGGCAGGAGGCGGCAGGGUGGUGGGAGUGGCGACAGGGCAGCGGAGGGUGGUGGCAGCACAGGCGGUGGUGGUGGCGACAGGCACGUGGUCGUCGGGCUUCAUUGCCCACGCCCUGCUCCACACCGCCCCUGCCUCCGCCACCACCGAGCAAGCCUCUCAGCCUGAGGAUAGUCCCAAGGAGGGCACUUCGGGUAGUUUGGGUAGCAGCGCAGCAAGCAGCACGGGUGGCGGCAGGGAGCAGGAUCCGGUGGUGCCUCAUGUGCGCCCUCGCAAGGGCUUCCUGUUGCAGCUCAAGGACGUGCCCCCCGUGCUCUCUCUGCGCCAUGCCCUCAUGGAGUUUGACUACACCGCCAACUAUGCCGCCCCCUCAGCUCCCACUGCCUCGCCUGCCACCCCACGGCCCUCUCCCAGCCCCACCACCACAGCCACCAUGCAGCCGCCCUCCUCGUCGCCGUCCCCGCCCACUGCCAUCUCCAUGACUGCCACGUGCGACCACCUCAGCCACCUGCUCAUCGGCAGCAGCAGGGAGCUGGCGGGCUUCAGUGUGGAGCCCCAUGCGCCCACCAUCGCUGCCAUUCUGCGCCGCACGGCCGUCUUCCUGCCCUCCCUUGCACAUCUGCUGCAGCAAGUGGAGGACGAGGCAAUAGCUGCUCGGGUGAAUGUUGUUCGCACGGGGCUGCGCCCAUAUGCACCGGAUGGGAGGCCUCUGAUUGGCCCCGUGGACUCGCUUCCAGGUGUUCUCUUUGCAUUGGGCCAUGAGGGCUCGGGCCUGUUGAUGGCCCCAGGCACAGCUGACAUGAUAAUGGCAUAUCUGGGGCGAGGCACCAUGCCUGUGGACGCCCAUCCCUUCCUCCCUCAGGGGCGUCUCCUCACACUGCAGCAGUUGCAGCACAUGCAUCCUUGA